GAUGUGGUGUUGGCGUGGAUUGCGUCAAUUUCCCGGAUUGAGUUCGGACGCCAUCUUUAAACCAGUGCUACCGGUAGUUAGAUAGUGGGGACGCUGAGCUACUGCUCCACCAGGAACUGCAGUCUGAGACAGACCCACGGUCGAGCCUCUCCUUCAGGCCGCACAUCAUCGACAGCCCGACCUCGAACACCAUGGCAGAUCGAGAACACUUAGUAUACCAGGCCAAACUCGCCGAACAAGCCGAGCGAUACGAUGAAAUGGUGGAGUCCAUGAAGAAUGUGGCCGGCAUGGACGUGGAGCUGACGGUGGAAGAGCGGAACCUGCUGUCAGUGGCGUACAAAAACGUGAUCGGAGCCAGAAGAGCAUCCUGGAGGAUAAUCAGCAGCCUCGAACAGAAAGAAGAGAACAAAGGAGGCGAAGACAAACUAAAGAUGAUCAGGGAAUACAGGCAAACGGUGGAGACUGAGCUAAAAUCAAUCUGUAAGGACAUUCUGGAUGUACUGGACAAGCACCUCAUUCCAGCUGCAAACACGGGAGAAUCAAAGGUUUUCUACUACAAAAUGAAGGGAGACUACCACAGGUACCUGGCAGAGUUCGCUACGGGUAACGACAGGAAGGAGGCGGCGGAGAACAGUUUGGUAGCCUACAAAGCCGCUAGCGACAUCGCCAUGAUCGAGCUCCCCCCGACUCACCCCAUCCGCCUGGGACUGGCACUCAACUUCUCCGUAUUUUAUUAUGAAAUUCUCAAUUCCCCUGACCGCGCAUGCAGGUUGGCGAAGGCGGCAUUUGACGAUGCCAUUGCAGAACUGGACACGCUGAGCGAGGAGAGCUACAAGGACUCCACGCUCAUCAUGCAGUUGCUACGCGACAACCUUACAUUAUGGACUUCAGACAUGCAGGGAGACGAUUCUUAAGGACAACCCCUCUUCAUUCCCUCUAUAGAACUGUAUUUUGUGAAGAACAGAAUAAAGAUGCACUGCAAGAUGUGGAGGAUGAGACCCAGCAGUGAGACUUUACGGCCAAUUCCCUCUCUCUUUCUCCCUCCUAUUACCUCUCCUGUCUGCCCCGCUAGCCCCAGGUCCUACUACGUGUCACAGUGAGAGCUCCCAAACUUGGCUUUUACUCCGACGUCCACUCGCUCAAUUUCUCCCCACCUCUUCUUUCUUUAAUUCUUUCUUUAUGUUCUAUCACUCUGUCUGUCAGCUCAUAGCCCCUCUGUGCUUCCUAGAGCUAUCUCUUCUGGUUUUUAUUUUCUUAUAAAAGAAUCCCAUUAAAUUCACCUAUUUCAGUGGAAAUAAUAUACUUCCACGUUAAAACACAAGAGAAAAUGUAAAAACUAAAGCUUCGAGCUGUUCCUGGUUUGACCUUUUAUUGAUUUUUAUAACUCCUGUUGCAAGCCUGUAAGGUUCACAUCGUUCCCUUUACUUCCUUUUUUUGUUUCUUUUUUAGUUGACAAUUUUGCCAUGUCAUCAGUUGCCAAGUGUGUUGCUUGGGGUCGUCAACGUUCACACACGAGUUGAUUUUUCAAACACAAACGUUUGCUGUAACUCUUUUUCCAUAACUUUGAUGUCUUUGUGCUACUUUACGAUAAUCGUCUAAGCUUUUGGUCGCAAAUUAGGGAUGGUUGUGAAUUGACGGUUUUUAAAACGGACAUUUUAAUGCCCUCUUCUUAUUUGUGAUUCUCUCUCUCGUUGCAAGACUCUGUUUUAUCAAUGGUGAUCGCUGAACUUCCCAUGAGUGUCUCUUUGCGAUCACCCCUCAAGUCCAGGGCAUGGACCACGCAUUUUUGUGCUCAAGAGGCUGUAGCGCUGCUUUUUUACUCAUUGCUGACGUAAGGACACGAUGGCUUGUAGCAGUUGGAGGGGGAAAAAAACAAGAAUCUCCCUCCCUCUGAUGUUAGGUAAAGCAGGUUUGCAUUGGCACUGUCAAAAGAAAAACAACCUUUGUUUAAAAAAAGGAAAACCUACUUAUGUCAUCUUGUAUCCCCAUUCUGUUCCAGAAUGUUCCCUUUCUCUCUCUCUUUCUUUCUUUCUUUCUCUCUGUCUCUCUGUCCUGCCCCCUAUAUUUUCUCUCUUGUUCAGUAUGUGUAACUUGAAUCUGAUUUGUACUACUGGAUAUUCUGACUGGAGCACUGUCUGUAUUCUUACUGAAACACAGCAUGGAAAUGAACAUUAAACUUCAAAUUAAAAAAAGGAACUUAAAUUAAAA